AUGCACCGCACAUACUCUAUGCGCCAGAGCAGGGCGCCCACUGCUUCACAGAUCCAGGUACGCAUGCCCAUUUGGAGACCUGAUCUUCUGGCCCUGCCCUACUUGUACUUGGUACUAACCGCCAUCACCCAGAACCCCCCUCCUCCCUCGUCGAGCACCAAGUCCGGCCGUUUCUUCGGCAAGAGCCCCUUCGGCCAUGCGCUCCGUCGCAAUGCCGCCGGUGCUUUCGGCCCCGACCUAGCCAAGAAGCUUACCCAGCUCGUUAAGAUGGAGAAGAACGUGAUGCGCAGUCUAGAGCAGGUCGCCAAGGAGCGCAUGGAAGUCGCACAACAACUGUCCAUCUGGGGAGAGGGUGGCGACGAGGAUGUCUCCGACGUCACUGACAAGCUCGGCGUCCUCCUCUACGAGAUUGGCGAGCUGGAGGACCAGUACAUCGACCGCUACGACCAGUACCGUGUGACGAUGAAGAGCAUCCGCAACAUUGAGGCUUCGGUCCAGCCUAGCAGAGAUCGCAAGCAGAAGAUUACCGACCAGAUCGCGCAGCUAAAGUACAAGGAACCCAACUCUCCCCGUAUCGUCGUUCUCGAGCAGGAGCUCGUCCGUGCCGAAGCAGAGUCGCUUGUCGCCGAGGCACAGCUGUCCAACAUCACGCGCGAGAAGAUAAAGGCUGCCUACACGUACCAGUUCGACGCUCUGCGCGAGCACAGCGAGAAGGUUGCCAUCAUUGCAGGUUUCGGAAAGCACUUGCUGGAGCUCAUCGACGACACCCCCGUUACCCCUGGCGAGACUCGUGCGGCCUACGACGGCUACGAGGCCAGCAAGGCUAUCAUCCAGGAUUGCGAGGAUGCCCUGACCAACUGGGUCACUCAGAACGCUGCCGUCUCUUCCAAGCUAUCCACCCGCGCUCGCACAUUGUCCACGAGGAGACGCAACAACAUCAAGGCCCGCUCCGAGGGUCUCGAUCUCUCCGGCCAGGACGCUCCUCUGAAUGAUCGCGAUUCCUGGGUCGCCGCUAGUGACCAUAAGGGCCAGGAAUACGACGAUGAGGAUGAGGAGGCCAACUCGAUCUUAGACAGUGAUGGUGGCCUGAACGGCGACCACCACCGCGGCCGGACUGAGGUGGUGGCAUAA